AUGGAGCCUUUAAGAAAUCUAGACAAAUUUAUCGAGAAAUGUGACACAUCAGAGAUGCGUGCAUUUCUCCAGCAUGUCCAAGAAAGGCAAGACAUUUCCGCGGGGCAAAACACUUGCGCUCGCAAAAGACAAAAGACGGCAGCUGAGGAGACAUGCAAUCGAGGCAAUGCAAAAGCUGAGACAACGACAAGAAGCGUCAAGGGAUGCGAGCUGGAACAGCGUGCUGCAAACACUGUUGCCGCGUUCCACACCAAACGCGAAGAGCUAGCAAGGUUACACGCGAAACAACUAGAGAGCUUCAGACGUAGUGCGUUGCGCCGCUUGGAUCAGGCAAGGGCUGCUAGCUACUGCGCAGUGUCAGAGUCUUGUGCCUGGGAUGAAAGAAUGGACGAAGUGUUUUGCCGUCUCAUGCUGCUGCGACAAACUCUACACAAGAGAGAUCCGGCAGACGAGGACCCCGGGAAAGGGGUCUGA